AUUUCUAGCUUUAUUUUAAGGUUGAAAUGAAUUUUGUUGCGGUUCACUCUGCACACAAGAAAGUAUCGACGAACGGGGGUCCGAAACGCAAUUUAGAGUUGGUGAGUGCCACUCCCCAGUUUAACUCAAAAGUGCGACUUAGAUAUCCAUCUGACGAAAAUGAUGAAAACGAUGAUCAUUUUACCAAGCAUAUGAUAAGUUUUGCUAAAAAAGCUGAACAUGAUCAUGAAGUUUUGAAUAAACUUCUAGGUUCUAAGCCUAAUUUGCAGCUUUUGAUCGAGGGGAAGGGAGUUAGAUUGGAUUUUUUAAAGGACCCAAUAGGAUGGAUAAACAAUUACAAUGCUCACACGAAAAGGUUCUCUGAGGAUUCCCACUAUCUAGGAUAUGUGGUGGGCUUGCUGGAGAUAAUCGUCAAUAGUUCUCCAUACGGAGAAGACAGAAAUAACAUCUACUCCCCCAUACUCCUGCUCCAGAAGAUGGUCUCAGUGAAGGCCCUGAAAGCGCGUAGAGAUCCCAUGAGGACUGCACUGAAACUGCAAUAUCACCUUCUAGAAUACGCUCAGAUGGAGAACGAUAAAAACUGUCUUUACGACAGGAAAAUGGAAAUGCUGGAGCAAAUACCCAGGGACUUUGCUAUAAAGCUCAUCGAAGUCUGUGUAACACCCCUAGAGGUUUCCAAACUGAUGAGCUUAAACGACGAAACCAUGUUCAUUGAUGUGUUGAAAUCAAAGAACAAGGGACUCGUUGCUUCUAAAAUGUACCAGAAAGUUGUCUGGCAAAGAUUCUGGAGGUCAGAAGUUUGGUCAGAAAAAACAGGAGGAAAAUUCACCAAGACAUUUAACGGCUUAGGAAGAGCGAUGGAGUUUUUCUUUUGGAACAUUUUUUAUCUGCCACUAGUUCUCUUCUCAAAAUUCUCCAGCUGGGCAGAAAAAAGAAUAAAAACAGUGGAAAUUGUUUUCUUUUCUCCCUUCAGUUCCUACCUAGCAGAUAUACUCAACUACACGAUCCUCUUCGGUCUGUUGCUAACCGUUAUCGUUACCACAAUCCCUGACCCUAAACCAGUGCACCUUCUUAUCUUCCAGCUGCAAUCAGGAAACAUUACAGCUUCUAACAGCUCCCAUUUCAAAGUGGAAGAUGAUGGAAGUAUCCUGGUGAAACUGCCGUCCCCAUCCACACCCGGGUCCGAGUGGUGCUUGUGGGUAUGCAUUGUUGCCAGGAUCCUCACAGAGUGGUACCAAGCAUAUCAUAAAAAGGGUACCAUGGCUAAAUCCAAGCUGAAACAAUACUUUAACAGUUUCUCAAACCUGAACGAUAUAGUUUUGACAUUACUGCUCCUAACGGGGAUGAUCUGCAAGCUUCAAGCAUCCAUCUCUUCUAAAGUAUCUGGUCUUUAUCAUCGUAUUGACCACGACCGGAUGGUUGCACGAGGGUUGAUGCUUACGAUUUACUUCUACUGCACUGCAGCUGUGGUUUCCUUGGUUCACCUCCUGCAGUUCUCCACAAUCCAUGUUCCUGGUCUUGGGCCCUUGCUUCGAGCCAUAAGGGAAAUGUUUGCGGAAAUCUCACGAGUCAUGUUCCUAUUUGGGUUCUUUUUGAUCGGAUUCACAGUUCCGAUGCUAAGCAUCUCGUCUUGUUACCGGAUAGUUAAUGAGAUUGACGGAAGUGAUGAUAAAGAUGGUUUCUUCUCUUUUCAAUCUUUCAGCAGCACAGUAAUCUCCCUUGUAUGGAACUUGUUUGGAGGCUUAUACAAUAUCCGGAAAGAGAACCUCUACAACUCUCUAGAUAGCGCCAUGUCCGUAUGUGUGGGCUUUCUCCUCGUUAUUUACGAGGUUCUGCUGGGGAUAAUGUGCAUGAACCUGCUCAUUGCUAUCAUGUGUGGUGCUUACUCCAGAGUAAACGAGGGCAAGUUCGCAAGCUGGAGGUACUCUCAGUUUGAGUCCAUCAUGGAGUAUAAUUCCGUCACCAACGUGGAGGGGCACGGCAUGCCCUUCCUGUUUCCAUUCAACAUUCCGUAUAUUGUUUUCAAUCUUAUCACUAAACCCUGCAAGAAUCCAUUGCUGCUUAGGAACAAAACCCUGAAGAAGGGAAAGGAUAACCUGUUCGCGAGAUAUCUCUGUCAAACCAGACACAUAGACUUUGAUGACGAGAAAAGUAUGGGAACGGAUGAUCUUAUGACACAUAUGGCGGGCCAUUAACGAUCCCGUGGACCUACCGUGAUCCAAUAUAUAUGACAGAUAAGCGUUUGUGGUGAAAUUAAAUUUUUAGAAUGAUUAAUAAAUAAAUGAUUUACUUUCCUGUUAAUUUACGUUACUUGUGUCAACUUCUCUUGGAAACCCUUUUCCUAUUUUAUAUAAUUUUAUUGAUCUUCAUGCUGUACACCGCGCAUUUUACACCGUGUCACUUUUGCUCCGGGUGUAUGUUAUUGUUAGUGUUAAAAACUAUACAUUUUGUCAGUAUCUCAUUUAUGUUCAUUCAUAAAGUUUGCUUCUGCUGCCACUAUGCUUGUUUUUAUUUAAAGAUGUAAUUUUGUUUACUAAAAAUGUAUGUCAAUAAUAUCAUUUUCGAGAAGCACGAUGAAUUCUUUUUCUAUAGUAUCAGUUAUGACAGGAUUUAUUGGUUUA